UAUAACUUCUCAAAAAAGUCAUCCACACAGAAAAAAGACAAGAAAAGUGAACUGAAGAUGAUGAAGUCUUCUGACCUAGAAAAUGGAAAUUCAUUUGUCAAGAAGGUGGACAACAAGUGGGAUCAAUUCUUCAGUGAAGUAAUUAGUCAGGUUAUGAAUAAAGAUGAAAAUGCAGAGGAUAGAAAGGAGUUUCAGGUGAAAUCAAGAAAUGUGAAGAAGUCACACAGGUUUAAGGGGGCUGUAGAGAAGAAAAAUUGCUGGAGUAAUGGCACACUUAGAAUUGAUGAUAAGGAAAACGUGACAUCAGUAUCUAUGAAGAGGUGCAAAAGUAAAAGAAAACCCUUGAAACAAGUAAAUAUGAACAAGAGACUAAGAUCAAAGAAAGAGGCAGUGGCUAGUGAUCAGAAAUUGUUGUCUCGGUCGUCUUCAGAUUCAGAAGCAAGUGAACAUGAUGAUUCCCCGAGGACAUUGGCUUAUAAGAGAGAGCUGCUCCAUAUUGUUGAGAAAACUUAUGAUAGUUGGGUGCAGUGUGAUACCUGCAGCAAAUGGAGGAAACUCCCACCUAAUAUAGAUCCAGCAAGUUUACCACCAAAAUGGUUCUGUGAGCUCAAUUAUAAUGAAAAUCAAAAUGUUUGCUCUGCACCAGAAGAUGAUUGGAAUAAAGAAUAUGUUUAUGUAUAUAAUGGAUACAUUUUAGGCUCAGUUGUAUGGGCCAGAGUGACAGGAAGAGACUGGUGGCCAGCUAUGGUAGAUAUUGAUCCUGAUUUUCAAAUACAUAAUUGGCUGGAUGAUUCUGCUAAAAAUGUUUGGGUAAAUAUGUGGGGAUAUAGUUCGGGCUGGUCAAUGACCAGGGCUAUGUCAGGUUCAGCUCCAAGUACUUGUGAAAGUCCACAUGCUGAUAAAGCUCCAUUUCUAGAACAAGGUAUCCCGCAUGACAGGCAGACAGCCAAUGGUAUAGCAGGCACAAACAAAAAGGAAGAGGGAAAGUAUGUGCAGCCUCAAAGCGAUUCUGAUGUUGAUGGGGAAGAAAGGAGGGCCUUAGGGAAAAACUGCACAAUUCAUAUAAAAGAAAAGUAUUCCUGCAAUGCAGAAUAUGUUCCAAGUCAGAAAUAUUUUGUUGAGAAUACAAAAGACUCCCAACCUGAAGACUCCAAUAAAGAAUGCAGAAAAACUGCUGAAUUCUUUGACAGUAAGCAAAGUCAAAUUGACCUUUGUGAUGAUGAGAAGGAGAGUGAGUUUAAAAGUUGUAUGACUAACAUGUCACCAGAAGUGCCCAGUAGUGAAGAAAUGCAUGAUACUAUCAACACCAUUAUAAGAAACCUAGAUAUGAUUACCAGUCAAGAUGAAAGUUUACCUUCAAAUGGAGGAAAAUUUUUAAAUAACAAGAAUAAAUAG